CUUGGUCACACACAUGCACAAACACUGACAAGGGCUAAGUCCUGCUACAGCUACCACCAACAUCAUGGAGAAGAGUGGCUCAGUUUCUUUGGCCAUUGCACAGCCCCAGCAGCCUGAACUGGAUAGUAGCUUAGAACUAGACACAGCGAAGACUGAUCGCAGAGAGGAAAAGGAGGAUGAGGAAGAUGAAAAGGAAGGAGGAAGAUGUGCUGGGGAGGAUGCCAGAGGGCAAAGAUUGGAUCCAGAGUGGGUGGAGGAGAGAUUCCGGAUUGACAGAAAGAAGCUAGAAAACAUGCUGUAUGCUCCAGAACAAGGAGGGGAGACAGGAGAAAAGUUUUUCGAACGAGUAAUGAGAGAAACUAGCACUCAGGUGAAAUGGCCAUCCAAGCUCAAGAUUGGUGCCAAGUCAAAAAAAGACCCCCAUGUGAAGGUGGAAGGGAAGAGAGCUAAUGUGAUGGAAGCUAAAAAGAAGAUUCUAGAAGUGCUGGAACCCAAGGUAAACAAGGUGACUCUGAAGAUGGACGUAGCCUUUACGGAGCAUUCCCACGUCAUUGGAAAAGGUGGUGGAAACAUAAAGAAGGUGAUGGAGGCCACGUCCUGUCACAUCCACUUCCCUGACUCCAAUCGUCACAACGCGGCAGGAGAAAAGAGCAACCAGGUCUCUAUAGCUGGACCUAUAGAAGGGGUGGAAGAAGCCAGAAGGAGGAUAAGAGACCUCCAGCCGCUGUCACUAACCUUUGACCUACCAACCAGCUUGGUACCCCAGGCUCUCCCAGAUGCAGGCUCUCCCCUUAUCCAGCAGGUGGCGCAAACCUUGGGAGUCAGUGUGAGCUUCAGGGCUGUGCCACCAAUACCUCAAACCCAGACACAAUUUUAUGGAAACUCCUGCACCGUUUGGGGACUGCAGGGAAACUCAGCUGCCGUCAAGAAGGCGACGUUCAUCCUGAUGGAGCUCCUGCUUGGUUCAGAGGCCCAAAGUGGGAUAGUGAGCAGCCAGCUGGAUGUCACUGCUCAGCAGCAUCUCUUCCUACUGGGACAGAGUGGUGCAAACUUUCUGAGCCUUAUGCACAAAACCCAGACUCAGAUCAUCCUGCCAGACCUUAAUGCUCCUCAAAGUCCCCCUUCACUCCUCAUUCAGGGCAGCACUGACGGAGUGUUUCUAGCUCGGCAGCAGCUCAUGGAUUGCCUGCCAGUUUGUUUGAUGUUUGACAUGCGUGAAGAUGGGGAGGAAAAUCCUUGCAAGCUGACUCAGAUGAUGCAAAACCUUGGAGUCUUCAUUAGUGUCAAGCCCAAAGUGAAACAGACCAGCAAGUCGGCGGUGGUGAAGGGUCUGGAAAGGGACAUCACCUGCAUUUAUGAAGCCCGUCGUCUGCUCCUAGGACUCGAUUCCUGCGACACUGCAAACAUAAACACAGCAAACCCUGAUCUCAUCUCCCCUGGUGGUGGGCUGGCAAACUAUUGGCUCGACCUUUUACUACAGCAGCUACAUCUCUCUGAACAGGGCUCAGCACCUACUCAAACUACAGAGGCCCUGACUGGUAUUAAGCCCCACCCUUCACCUCCACCAGGCCUCACUUCUCCAAACGAUGAGGGCAGAACAGGCUCUAAGGGAACAGACAGUCGCCAGCUGGAAAAGAUCCUUGAGAAUGAAUAUCAUUCAGAUCAAUCAGAGGAAGAGAGCAUCAAGGUAGUGAGGAUGUCCUCAUCCGAGGUGUGUGAGGGAGUAAACAACAUUAGUAGGGUGGGUCUAAAUGGUAGGAGGGGGAGUCUCCAAGGUCCAGAAAUCAGCAAAACCCACAGCCAGGGAAGACGCCAUUCCACAGGACAGGCACUGACAUACAGGUUGUUGGGCCCAGAGGGAGGGCUGAGUGAACGGAGGAACAGCCUGAGGAGAGAUGCUCCUCAGGCUCAAAAUGUUCACGCUGACUCAUCAAAGGCUGAGAAUUUUGACUAUGAAAAGAAGAAACUGCUGGCAACAAGAGCCAUGCAGAAGAAGCCUGUGGUCACAGAAGUUCGGACACCGACAGAUACUUGGAGUGGCCUCGGAUUUUCCAAGUCUAUGCCAGCAGAGGCUAUCAAGGAGCUCCGCUGCAUCAGCAGGCGAUGCUACAAACCUUACCUGAGUGCCAACAUCAAUCCACAGCAGUGUUGGGCUGCUCAGACAGGGAAGGUUUGCAUUGGCAGCGACUCUGAGAACUGGAGGGACAGAUGUGGAUCCACAUCUCAGCUCAUUUCUUCCUCCUCCUCCUCAUCUCCACCCUUCUCCUCCACACCCCCUCCUGCUUCUUUCUCUGCAUUUUCAUCCUCGCUGAACAGAGGCAGAAACGACAAGUCAUUGGAAAACUCUGUCAGUUGCUGCUUCUCCACUAAGGGGGAGUCUUCCUGCAGUCAGCGGAGCUCAUCACCCCUCAUGACAGAAGACCUGCCUGAGCUCCUCAGCCAACUCGGGCUAAUCAAAUACAUUGAUCUGUUUGAACAACAGGAGAUUGACUACCAAACAUUUCUCACUCUGUCUGAUGAGGACCUGAAAGAAGUCGGGGUAUCUACUUUCGGAGCCAGACGCAAGAUGUUAAUAGCCAUCUCAGAUCUUAACAAGAGCAGAGGGAGAUUGCUGGAAGCACAAACGGUUAGGACUGGGUACCUGGAGGGGGGAGCAAGUGGCAGACUUCCACGCAUCUUGGAUGCAGAUGAUGCAGCUCAGAGUAACCGUUGGUGAGAGCAGCCCCUGAAAGGAUCUGAGCUUUUAUGAACACUGCAAUGCUGCCUGAGAAAAUAAGUUCUCACCAUUGUUUUUUAACUAGUAACCAAUAGACAACAAAAAUGUACACACAAUGUACUCUUUUCCAGUGCCUUAUAUCAAUAGCUAUACUCCAAAGCUUUAUGUUCUUUAUUUCACUCAAAUGAUUCCCUUCCCAAACUAGGAAUUCACAAGAACCCUUUAAGCAUUUGGUGUGUUAUUCUUACCCACUUUUUUUCAUAGUUGUAAAUUAAUAUUUGACAAAGAAAAUCCUUUAUAGUUUAUGAAUCAAUGCAGAGCAUUUAUGAUUCUAUAGGAGUGUAGAUACCUCAAAGAUAUUGUAAAUAAGCUGAGCUUAGCUUCAUUUAUUUCUUUAGCAUGGUGAAAUGAUUAAUGCUGUAUGGGUGCUCAGAAAUGAAAACAACCCACUAGAGGGCAGUGGUGUCCCACUGUCCCAAAACAUGUCUGUUUUGUAUGAAAAAGUGUGGAUUUGUUCCCCAUUGACAGGAGUAGUAGGCUACAGUCCCUGGUGGAUAAGGUUCAUCGUCAUUUUGAAACAUACAUUAGAAAUAAUGAGGCAAAGCAGAAACUAAUCUGAAACCUUAAUUAUACUGAGCUCAGUUUAUCCUAUUGUGCACUAAUCUGAUUUCAUUUUAACAUUAGGUGUUUAUCUGUAUACUAUUACAUCCAUCAAAAUAGAGUUGCUUAAUUAAAGUAAUGUGAUUUGUAAUUUGUAAAUUGAAAAAAAAACAACAAAACAAUUACUGGAUUAAUAGGGUUUGCUUGCAGUCACCACGAGGUCUUGAUCUGCUCAGAGGCUCCACAGGCUGGCUGGUUCAUUGGCAGCCGAGCAUGAAACACAGCAAGUGACAGGAAGUGUUGGGCUGUGACAGAUUAGGUACAGAUGAUCCCUACUUAUUACAAUGUCUUUGCCAAUUAUGUAGGCAUGCUUUAAAGUGUUGAUCCUCAAAUCUGGUCCUUAAGCUCUGGAAAAUGCAGAUUAUUUUUUUCUCCUGCUGGGUAGUUAAUUGUGCUCCCCUGAGGUCACAGGUCUAAAUUGGUCUGCGAUCGCACUGCUAGAAUGAAAACUACCAAGAAAAAAAAAAAGAACAGUGCUUUGAACC